UCAUCGAGAACUCAUGUGCUCAAAUGCCGUGAGUGCUCUGAGAGAGAGAGAAAGAGAGAGAGAGAGAGAGAGAGAGAGAGAGAGAGAGAAAGAGUGAGAGUAAGAGGGGACGGAAGACAGAAAAGGAAAGUAGAAAGAGGAAGGACAGACAACCUGUUAAACAUGCGAUUGUUGAGCAGUUUGUCAUGAGAACAAAACAAACAUUCUCUGAGGGGAAUAUUUAUUAGAACUUCAAGCUGUUUUAUGGGUUCGAGAAUUAACAGGAGCUUUUUAAUUGAAUGACUGCAAAGACCUUUUUAGAUUGUGAUGGAGCUAAAUAUAAGUGACUGGAACACAACAAAAACACAAAACACAAACUCUACUGAGUACAGCGAAGGAGAGAAGGUGAUCCUGGCCAGCGUAAUAGGACUUUUGGUCCUGACUAUCGUCUUUGGAAACGUUCUAGUUAUUACUGCAGUCGGACGUUUCCAGCGUCUGCAGACCGUCACCAACUGCUUCAUCAGCUCUCUGGCGUGUGCCGACCUUGUCAUGGGGCUUCUUGUCGUGCCCUUUGGUGCUUGUGAUAUCCUCCUUGACAAGUGGUACUUUGGGAAAUUUUUCUGCGAAUUCUGGUUGUCGACAGACGUGCUGUGUGUAACAGCAAGCAUCGAGACCUUGUGUGUCAUAGCCCUGGACCGUUACAUGGCGAUCAUGUGGCCGCUGCGCUACCAAUCGCUGCUGACUAAGCGCCGGGCCUGUUGGGUGGUGCUGGCCGUGUGGGCAGUGGCUGCCCUCAUAUCUUUUCUGCCCAUCCACAUGGAAUGGGGGAGGGACCCGAGCGUGACGCACUGCCUGGACAAACUUUACUGCUGUGAAUUCAACAUCAACAAAAGUUAUGCAUGGACCUCAUCCAUCAUCUCCUUCUACAUCCCACUCUUGAUCAUGAUAUUCGUCUACGGACGAGUCUACCUGGAAGCUCGGCGGCAGCUUCGAAACAUCUACCGCACGGAAGGUCACAUCCGGACGCAAAACCUGUGCGGGCAGGACGGGAACGAGGCGAGGAGCCGCAGGAGCAGGUUCGGCCUGAAAGACCACAAAGCCUUGAAGACGCUGGGGAUAAUCAUGGGCAUCUUCACACUCUGCUGGCUGCCGUUCUUCGUCCUCAAUGUGAUCAUGGUGGAGCUGAAUUCCAGCUCCAUGUUGGUGGUCUAUAAAGUCCUUAACUGGAUAGGAUACUCCAACUCGGCCUUCAACCCCUUGAUCUACUGCAGGAGUCCUGAGUUCAGGUCUGCCUUCCAGGAAAUCUUGCACAUUAGAAGGCCUCAGUUUCUGUCUUCAACAGAAAAACCAGAAUACAUCUACAGCGAGCACACGGCGAAGCAGACAUCUUUUGCAGACUGCGGAACGGUGGAGCUGAGGACUUGCCCACUGGCUGCCACUUCCUCCAACACCAAUGGGAAUUGUAACAGAACGCUGACCUCCAUGAUUUAGCUACUUAUUGCGUGUAGAAAUACAACAGAAUACUCUUACCGUCCUUUGCUUCAAAACUUUCAAUUCAAAACUUCCGACUCAUUUGGCAAGUGAACAAACGGAAUAUGAUACAUGCAGCGCAACAGUCAGGACCUUUGCUCCAAACAUGUUGUUCUAGUUUUACUAAAAACAUAAACCAUCUCCAUGAACUUAAACAUUUCUCUAAAUAUUUUAGGUACAAGGUAGGAGAAAACUUGACAUUUGGAAUGUGGCUUUAUUUUCACAGCUAUACAUAAGCUACCUCAUGACACCCUCUCUGGCACAUGUCUUUACCAUAACCACUUCCAGAAAAAGAAAAAGUAAAAAAAAAAAAAAAGAAGGAGCUCUGGAAUCAGCGUGUAUCGUCUUCUUACAGUAAAUACUGGUUUUGGUUUAGAUUCUAACAGACACUACACUAUCGUCAAAAGGAGUGGAGCUGAACUGAGACCAGCACAUUUAUUUUUUUUAUUAUUAUUAUUAUUAUUAUUGAAAGACUUGUUACAUUCCAUAAAAGCUAAGUGCGUGUUUUCAAACCAGGGACUUCUUUUUUUUUAUGUUGCUGUAAACCCUUGUCUGAAGGCGGAGGAAAUAUGAGCUGCUGAUGAGGAGCAACAGGUGGAGGUUGCUGGCUUCAUGUGCUAUAACCAGCUGCACUUGUGAAAAAAAAAAAUGAAUAGUAAAAGUGGCCAGUCUGUGUACUUCAACCUUCCCCUAUUAACAUUUCAGCUUGAUCCCGUACAGCAAUAAACAACAGUCUAAUAUACGAACCUAUCACGUCUGUUUUAAUGGAUGUGGAUGAGGAUGUGAGCGAGGACGUAGAAUGUGAUGUCGUUGUCGAUUACUUUCCAGAAUAAUUAACCAGAUCAUUUGUGUUUGAAUGCUCGAGUGCACUUCACGCAAGACGGCUCAGCCCGAGGCUCUUGUAGCGCGUUAAUCCUUUCAGAUACACGUGCACAACAAAGCUUACCCUUUCUCUUAACGUCUGCUCUGCGUUCGUGUGCAAUGUUUACAGACAUUCUUGAGCGAACUGUCCAAAAGGACAAAAAAAUAUAUCCUGAUAUGGUUCCAAAUGUCACUUUGGAUUAAAAACUUUGGUCUUUGUGUUUACAGGGUUAGCGAAGGGAAUUUAGCGUAAAACCCGUUAAGAUCUGGUUCUAAUGCAGGAAGGUGCGCUGCUCUGGUUCUCUUGUCAAACAUAUUGUUGUAAUCUGAUUGUCCGAAACCAGCGUGGUUUUCUUGACUCGACCAGAGCUUCCUUCCUGUGGGUGUGUGUGCAUGUGUGCACAUGUGUGUUUAUGAUUAAUCUGUUCGAAUGUGCCGUUCAGCUUUUUCGGCAUGUCGAGGUUCUAUAGCACAAAUAAACGGUACUGUAUUUAUGAGGCUCCAGGGAAAAUGAAGUGUUUAAAGCAUUAAGAAGGAUUGCACACUGUAUAUAAAGUACACAGAGUUUGGAAAUGUACAUAAUGUAUGGAAAUGUAUGUGAUUUUGUGCUAUAGAUGUUAUAUUACAUAUCAGAGAAUGCUGUUUUGUGUCAUUCCACCUGAAAAUGCUCUUAAUUCACAAAACUAUACUUAUUUCCACUGCACUGCAAAAUGCUAUGUCCAGCUCUGUGUGUGUGUGUGUGUGUGUGUGUGUGUUCGGUGUGUUUUGUUUUGUCUGCUUUUAUUUUGUACGUCGAGCCACUUGUUUUAGCCAAAUGUACAAUGUGAAGAAUUAAAAUGUGGUUGUUUGUAAAUCUGA